ACAAAGCGAGACUCUGUCUCAGAAAAAAACACAUCUAUUACUUAUUUGAUUUUGAGGCUAAGGUUUAGCGAGGUUGAUUUUUUUUCAGAGUUGGAAUAAUAGGAAAAUUCAUGAUAGGUUGUGGCUGAAGUGUCAUUUCUGAGGUUGUCUGGGGUUCUAGUACUCUAUAAUGCUGCCAGGAGGUGAUUUUGACUUAGCACUGCCUCCAGUCAUGCACUCCAAAGGCAUUUAUUAUUCACUUAGUAAAUACAAAUGUUUGUUGAACAUAUGCUAUUUGCUGGCCACUGUGCUUUAUACUGAGGAAAGCCCCUACACUUCAGUUUGUAGUGUGGCCCUGACAAAGGAAUAGACUGUUAUAGUAGAGUGGGGUAUGUGUUGUUCACAGUGGUAAGCACAUACUCUAUGGGAAGCACGUAGUACUCAUCUCAGUUUGGACUUCAUCCAGAAGAUCAAUGAGGAGCCAUUGGACUGACUUAAAUAGGGGAGUAACACGGUCUGAUUUAUGUUUGAAGAAUAGGCCAUAGAGGAGCAAGGGUUAUAAGCAGGAGUCCAGUUAGCAGAAUUGUUCCCUAAUUCUUUGUCACCCAGUUUCCUUCUUCAACCUGACCUCUCCAAAGGUAGGGAUCUGAGACAUGUAUCCAUUGAUCCCUGCCCCGGUUGUUUGAAAGUUGCCUUUCAAGGCAAUAACUCCUGUGCAUUUCAAGGUUGCUGUAAUGAGUCAGUUGAGAUUGUGGGACAGAAAGAUUAAGAGACUCAUAAAGUAUGUUUGAAGUUGGAUCACUGGUGGUGUGAAUGGAGCUGUCCACCACAACUGUGCUGAAAUCUGGAAGACUGACAAGAUGUGGCACAAAAGUGUUUGCUACCGGAGGUUUUUGUAGUAAUCCUAAUGAGGGAUCAUGGUGGCUUGGGCCACCAUGGAGGUAGCAUUGGCAAGAUUUGCUGAUGGACUGAAUCAAAUGUACGAGAGAUAGCAGGGAGGAUCACCCUGGGAUUUGGAGUUUUUACCUACUGAGCUAGGGAAGUAUGGUAUAUGAGAGGAGCAGAUUUUUGGGAGUCAUGGAGCGUUGAUCAUGUGUUUGAUUUGGUUUUGAACAUGUAAGUUUGAGAUAUUAAUAAUGAGAUAUCAGUGCUAAAGCUGUCCAUAUGGGAAUCAUCAUUUCAUAAGUGGUAUUUAAAUCCAUGAGACUAGAGACUCUUAAUGAAUAAGCAUAGACAAAGAAGAGAUCUGAGGACAGAGACUUGGUACACUGUAACAUUUUCAUGUUGUGAUGAGAAGAGCCUAAUCAAAGAUACAAUAAAAGAGGGACCAAUCAGGUAGGAGGACAGCAAGAAAGAGUAGGGUCCCAGAAGCCAAAUGAAGAAAAUGUUUCAAGGAGUUUAUCAGGGGCUGCCAACAGGUUGAGUAAAGGGAGGAUGAGAUGUUAUACUUAGCAACAGAGAAUUCAUUGGAGACUCCAGAAGACCUAUGUAAUGCAGAUGGAAGCCUAAUUGCAGUGAGCUUAAGAGAAUAUGAGAGGAAAGAAAUUAGGGAAAAGAGGGUAGAAACAAUGUCUUAGAGGAGUACUGUAAAACAGCACAAAGAAAAUGGGGCAAUAGCCAGGGGGAAAUGUAGGGUUAAGGGAAGGUUUUUGUUUAUUUGUUUUUUAAGGUAGGAGAUAAGCAGCAUGUUUAUCUGUUAAUUGAACUGAUUUGGUAGAGGAUAAAAUUGAUGAUAUAGCAAAGAGGAGAUAGUUACUGUGAUGUCCUUGAAUAGAUGAGAGGGACUGUAAUGUAAAUCACAAGUUGUGGAAUUGACCUUAACUAGGAGGGGGGACAGUUUAUCUAUAACAAUAAGAAGACAGGCAGGGGAUAUGGGUUCUGAUGUAGGUAGGUCAGUAGCUGUGGUUGUGGGAGGUAGGUGUGGGCGUUCUCUUAUGAUUGCUUGUGUUUUUUUUCCCGGUGAAAUCAGAAGCAAGACUCAUCUGAAAGUGAGGAUGGGUAAGGAAGUUUUGGAGGUUUGAAGAGAUAGGAGAAGGUAUGAAGUAGUCAUCUAGAAGAGAGAAUGGGCCAGAGAGAUGUAGGGUUGCUAGGCAGUACUUAGGGCCUACUUGAAUUUGUGAUCAUGAGUUUAAAGUGAAACCAAUUAGCAUGCUAUGCUGCUUUAUGUUUUCUAGUUGCAUUUAGCUGCAUGGGCCCAGGCUUGGAGCAGGUGGAGAGUUGGAUGUUACCAGGAUUGGGAUUUUUACCAGAUAAUUAUAAUGAAGGAAGGAGAAGAAAGCAUGUAAAAGGAAGUGAUUUUAAUGACUGAUCAUGGCAUUUAAGUUUGGUAAAGACAGAAGUGGGGAAGUGAGAGGAGUGAAGGACAGGGAAAGGUGUAGGACCAAUGGUUUGUAGAUUCUGAUUUGUAGGUUGAAAAAUUGUUGAAGAGAGUGAGCUGGAAAAGUGGUAGUUGUGGAGAAUUAGUUAUUUGAAAUUGAGCUUAUAGAGGACAUGUAGGUGUAUGUAAGACUAAUUAUAGGAGUUGGUGACUCAGUGAGGUAGAGGACAAGAUCAUCAGUGGAGAGGAGGUCAAUGCCUUGAUGAUCCAAGAUACAGGAAAGAUCAUCUAUAUGGAAAUUGAUAUCAUUAAGAAUUAUGAUAGGAGUAGUACUGGAGAGAGUGGUAAUAAGAUAGGUGCUAAAUCUCUGAGAAGUGUGGGGAAAAGACGUGGGCAAUUAUAGAUGAGUUCCUCAAAGCAAGGUGACAGGUGGUAUAGACUAAAUACAUUAGCUUCAAAGCUAGGAGGUUUUAGAGAGGAAGGGGGGAUAAUGGGCUGGAAGUGCAGUGGAAAAUAAGGAGGACACUCAUCUAUCAAGGGCUUCAAGGGGUGUGGGAGGGAAGUAGCCAUGACUGGAGAAGCCUGCAGGGAAACAGUAUUCUCAUGCAGUUUUCAGUUAAAGCAAGAAGGGGAAGGCAGUGUUCAGAGAAUAUUUUGAGGAUAAUUAAUAGUAUUAAUAAACUGGUACAGUGGGGAAACUAUUGACUACCCUGGCAUUAUCAGGAAUGUUUUACCCAAAAUGAAAGACAGAAAAUAAAAGUGAAACAUGCAAUUGGUGGUCUUAUAUAUAGUUUUUACUUAAAAAUAUUCAUUUCAUUAAUUUCAUUAAUUCCGGGUAAAGUAAGAACAUAAGCCUUUCUACAUGCUGCUCGUUGUCUGUGAUAUUCCCCCCCGCUACCUGGCUCCUCCCCAGGUUGUCCUGGGGAAUGAGCUAUUGAUAAGAGUGAAAUUACUGAUGCAGUGAGGGGUUUGUAGAAACAGAAGAGGACAGGAUCCUGAGCACAAGUUGAGGUUUUAAGAAUGUGUGCAUAGGUUGAUGAGUUGUAUGAAUGGGUCAAAGAGAUAGAGAAUUAAGGAGCUUCCUGUCUGAUGAUUUCAUUUUCUCAUUGAAAUAAGAAGCAAAGCCAUCUGUUUAGUGUGAUGUAAAAGGGGCCAGGGCUUGGUGGAAUUUGAUAUUGUGUUGAUGGAGAGUGGGAGAUAGCUCACUUGUUAAAGAAAUAUUUUUGGACAAAUUAUAAGAUCUGUUCAGGUUAGGAAUUCAUUUUGUAAAGGCAUCAUUUUUUCUGGUUUAAUGAACUUAAUCUAGAAGUCUCAGCGUACUGGGUAUACAAAUGGAAUAGUUAGAUAAUCUGAAUUAAUUCAGAUUGGAGUUUGUUAACAGGAGUUGAAGGAAAGGAUUAAGGCAGAGAAAUGAGGAGGCUGAUAGGAAGAUGUUUGAAGUAAUGUAUCAUGAGUGUAUAGUCAAGAUACGGAAGAUAGUAUAGACAGAAGGGGACUGCAAAGGACAAAGGAGAGAAUUCAAAAUUCUGGAGAUCAAAAUAGGUGAAGGGACUGGUAAAUUGGGGUAAAGGCAUGAGAUACCUGGAAAAAUGCUGUUUUAUUCAGGGAGUGGGAAGUUGAAAUUUAAGAUUUCAUGUGUAGCACAGUUUCAGAUAAUGGCAGGAAUCUAAGAUGUGGUUUUUGAAAUGCACGAAUGAAGCACAAUGGGGGAGAUAAUCAUUGGAGUUAAGGAAUUCAGAAUAUCGACGGCCUAGAUGCUUGAGGAUUAGAUGGUUUGUGUAUAAGUAUAUUGAAGUGACUGGAUGUUCUGGCAGGAACUGGGAUAGACAGAGAAGGACCCAGGUGCCCAAGUCUUGAAUGAAUAAAGUGCCUAGAAGAUAGGUGACAGUAUUGAUUGGAGUAGCGGGGUGGAGCCUCAAAGUAGCAUUACUUUGUGGAUGUGCGUGUGAGUAGAGCAACGAGAUGAGUUUGGUUGAGGUUCUAGUGUAUUUGUUUGUGUUAUUCUUUCCUCAUAUCAUCAUGCACCCCUUCCUUUAUCACUUCUGCUUCUACUUCUUAUUUAAUUAUUUCUUGAGGAGUUAGACAUUCGAACGCUGCAAACCAAAAAUCGCAAACUGGCAGAAAUGCUGGAUCAACGGCAGGCCAUUGAAGAUGAACUCCGUGAGCACAUUGAAAAACUGGAACGACGACAGGCCACUGAUGAUGCCUCACUAUUGAUUGUCAACCGGUACUGGAGUCAGUUUGAUGAAAACAUCCGUAUCAUCCUUAAACGUUAUGAUCUGGAGCAGGGUUUGGGAGACCUACUAACAGAAAGAAAAGCCCUGGUUGUGCCUGAACCAGAACCAGACUCUGAUAGCAAUCAGGAACGCAAAGAUGACCGAGAGAGAGGGGAAGGGCAAGAGCCAGCUUUCUCUUUCCUUGCUACUUUGGCCAGCAGUUCUAGUGAAGAGAUGGAAUCUCAGCUGCAGGAGCGUGUGGAGUCCUCCCGCCGAGCCGUAUCCCAGAUUGUGACUGUCUAUGAUAAAUUGCAAGAAAAAGUGGAGCUCCUAUCCCGGAAGUUAAAUAGUGGAGAUAAUCUGAUAGUGGAUGAAGCAGUGCAAGAGCUGAAUUCCUUUCUUGCGCAAGAGAAUAUGCGGCUACAGGAGUUGACAGACCUCCUUCAGGAGAAGCAUCGCACCAUGUCUCAGGAGUUCUCCAAGUUGCAGAGUAAAGUGGAGACAGCUGAGUCACGAGUAUCUGUCUUGGAGUCCAUGAUUGAUGACCUGCAGUGGGAUAUUGACAAAAUUCGAAAGAGGGAACAGCGACUUAACCGACACUUAGCAGAAGUCCUAGAACGGGUGAAUUCGAAAGGUUAUAAGGUGUAUGGAGCAGGGAGCAGUCUCUAUGGCGGCACAAUCACUAUCAAUGCCCGGAAGUUUGAGGAAAUGAAUGCAGAGCUUGAGGAGAACAAAGAGUUGGCUCAGAAUCGUCUCUGUGAGCUGGAGAAACUUCGGCAGGACUUUGAGGAAGUCAGUACACAAAAUGAAAAGCUGAAGGUGGAAUUGCGGAGUGCAGUGGAAGAAGUGGUUAAGGAAACUCCAGAAUAUCGCUGCAUGCAAUCACAGUUCUCUGUCCUAUACAAUGAGAGCCUACAGUUGAAAGCACACUUGGAUGAGGCUCGCACCCUGCUUCAUGGCACCAGGGGAACCCAUCAGCGCCAGGUUGAGCUCAUCGAGCGAGAUGAGGUUAGUCUUCAUAAGAAGCUGAGGACUGAAGUGAUCCAGCUAGAAGAUACGCUGGCCCAGGUCCGCAAGGAGUAUGAGAUGCUGAGGAUAGAAUUUGAGCAGACCCUUGCUGCCAAUGAACAAGCAGGCCCUAUCAACCGGGAGAUGCGCCACCUCAUCAGUAGCCUCCAGAAUCACAAUCACCAGCUGAAAGGGGAAGUCCUUAGGUAUAAGCGGAAACUGAGAGAAGCCCAGUCUGACCUGAACAAGACACGUCUGCGUAGUGGCAGUGCCCUCCUGCAGUCUCAGUCUAGUACUGAGGAUGCUAAGGACGAGCCUACAGAACUAAAACAAGAUUCUGAGGACUUAUCCACCCAGUCCUCAGCAUCGAAGGCAGCUCAGGAGGAUGCUAAUGAAAUUAAGUCCAAACGGGAUGAAGAAGAGCGAGAAAGAGAAAGGAGAGAGAAAGAGAGGGAGCGAGAAAGAGAACGGGAGAAGGAAAAGGAGAGAGAACGAGAGAAGCAGAAACUAAAAGAGUCGGAAAAAGAGAGAGAUUCUGCUAAGGACAAAGAGAAAGGCAAACAUGAUGAUGGAAGGAAAAAGGAAGCAGAAAUUAUCAAACAAUUAAAGAUUGAACUCAAGAAGGCACAAGAAAGCCAAAAGGAGAUGAAGCUGUUGCUAGAUAUGUACCGCUCUGCCCCAAAGGAACAGAGAGACAAAGUUCAGCUAAUGGCAGCUGAAAAGAAGUCUAAGGCAGAGUUGGAAGAUCUAAGGCAAAGACUCAAGGAUCUAGAAGAUAAGGAGAAGAAAGAGAACAAAAAAAUGGCUGAUGAAGAUGCCUUGAGGAAGAUCCGAGCAGUAGAGGAGCAGAUAGAAUACCUGCAAAAGAAACUAGCCAUGGCCAAGCAGGAGGAAGAAGCACUUCUAUCUGAGAUGGAUGUCACAGGCCAGGCCUUUGAAGACAUGCAGGAGCAAAAUAUUCGUUUGAUGCAGCAGUUGCGGGAGAAGGAUGAUGCAAAUUUCAAGCUCAUGUCAGAGCGGAUCAAGUCCAAUCAGAUCCAUAAGUUGCUUAAAGAAGAGAAGGAGGAGCUGGCAGACCAGGUUUUGACUCUGAAGACUCAGGUCGAUGCCCAGUUACAGGUAGUAAGGAAACUGGAAGAGAAGGAGCAUCUUUUACAGAGCAACAUUGGCACAGGGGAGAAGGAAUUGGGUCUUAGGACCCAAGCCUUAGAGAUGAAUAAACGCAAGGCGAUGGAGGCAGCCCAGCUUGCAGAUGACCUCAAAACACAAUUGGAGUUGGCCCAGAAGAAGCUACAUGAUUUUCAAGAUGAGAUUGUGGAGAACAGUGUUACCAAAGAAAAGGAUAUGUUCAAUUUCAAACGAGCCCAGGUUUGGGGAAGUGUGUCUAACAGGUAUGCUAUCCUACCACAGGAGGACAUCUCUAGACUUCGAAGGAAGCUGGAGACCACUAAGAAACCAGACAAUGUACCCAAAUGUGAUGAGAUUCUGAUGGAGGAGAUUAAAGAUUAUAAGGCACGCCUGACCUGUCCAUGCUGUAACAUGCGUAAAAAGGAUGCUGUACUUACCAAGUGUUUUCAUGUUUUCUGCUUUGAGUGUGUGAAGACACGCUACGACACCCGCCAGCGCAAAUGUCCCAAGUGUAAUGCUGCUUUUGGUGCCAAUGAUUUUCAUCGCAUCUAUAUUGGUUGACCCAAGUUAAGAGAAGAAGAGGAGCUGGCUAGACAGGCACUUAUUCAUUAACCACCGAUCCUCUACCUCUUCUCUCCUUGACAGUCAUCUUCAGGACAGUUUUUCUGUCAACUGCCUUUCUUCCACAGAUUUCAUGUCGAGGCUCUCCUCUCCAGUAGGUGGAUGACUUUAGCAGAAAGGACUGGUAAAUGCAAAUCUUGGGUUUUAGAAUGAAUUAGAAACAAGCAACUCUUAUUUGUUUUCCCUACCAGCUUUGUUUAUUUCCUGCUUUUAGACUUCAACAUUUUCUUUUUCUGGCUCACUAUUCAUUCCUCCUGAAGAAGCCAAGAUGGUAUUUGUGACAUAGAGAAGGAAACAAAGAGUGGAAACAUGACUGUUUGGGGGGAAGUGAUCUUUUAGAAAUAAGCUAGCCAUGGACACAAACUUUUCUUGAUUUGGGUAGUAAACUUUUUAUACACUUGGAUUAUAAAAUGGUAUAAUUGUGCCAUUCUUCCCUGGAUGGUUUGAAGCCCUGAUGAAAUUAUGUCCAGGAUGGUUCAAUCCAUUUCCCAUUUACUAGCAAAGAAACUUAUUAAGGUCAGCUAGUUUUCUUGUUAAAGUUAUUUAAGUUUUGAAUGUUCUGCUUAAAGUCUUUAAAUUUCUUAAUUCCGGAAUGAUUUCAAAUAAUGUAGCCCCUUUUGUCUUCUAAUGAAAUCAAGACUGGAGAGGGCGCAGAAAAGGCCUGAGAUGGUAAAGAGGUCUUGCGGGUACUCUGGGAACUAUACAGAGAUGCCUUGGUGAGCUAUGAAUUACUCUCAUCCUUCUUUCCAUGGGGGUUUUUGUGAUCCCUGUUUCCAGAAGAUUUUCUGUAAUAUUUCUGUAGGACCUUAUACUCCAAAAGCUUCAAUUAAAGCAAGAUUCAGUUUA